CUGCUCGUGAAUUUGCCGUCCGUGGUCCGCCAUUACCAGCUUCGAAUGGGAAGACCAUCUGUGGCCCAGGACAUCGCUUUUAGAUAAGAUUUUUGGAUGGGCAGACAUGGCAGUCAAAAGGCCAGCCAAGUUGCAGGUUAUUCUGAAUCCUGAUGACACCAGAAAGCUAAUUCUGCCUGAUGGAAUUCCAGAGUCAAUGGAGCAGCUUAUGGAUGAAGUCAGGAAAGUGUGUGGGCUAAGUGGCAAUUUAAGACUGCAGUACCAAGACAGAGAUUUGCUAGUUAAUAGAGAUGCACUAGUUAACUUGACAUCUACUGCGGAAGGAGAGGCCAACCACAUACCUGACAUUCCAACAGGGGAGACCCCAGAAAAAUUGGAAAAUGAGAGACUGUCCCUUUUAACUGAAGCAAAAAAGUGCAACAAUCGUGCAGUGAUAAAGGCCAAAAUGGACAAGACUUUUUCUCUGCGGAGAGAGGACAUUUUGGCAAAGGAAUCAGAAGUGGAAGAGCUGAAGGAGAGAUGGCCUGCAUUGUUCACAAUGGAUGAGAUCAAUGCCGAGUUUAUGAGAAUAACAACUGUUCCACUUCAACCGCGAUUCUUGGCUUCACAGCACCACAGCAAGCUGAUAGAGAUCAUCAGAAACAAAGGAGGAGUUGUCAGAGAGAAGACCCGAAAUACACUGAAUGUUCUUGAUCAGAGCCUCGAUGUGAAUCAAAAAAGGGAGUGUCUGCUGAAAUGCCUUAUUGUGUACCUUGGUGAAGAUGUGGACAAGCUUAUCAAGGAGUAUCGGGUUGUUCAGAAGUAUGAAGCUCAAACAGAACUUGAGAGAUCUACAAUGGCAGUGUUUGUCUUCAGGGAAGAUGAGGAUCCUCUCCAGCCACCACAUGACAUUGGGAUUGUCAUUGAAGGUGUGCAGGUCCUUCAUGAGUUGCCAUCAGUCCCACAUGCAUGUGCCAUGUUGUUUGGCCUCAUCUAUGCUCUGAACUUGAGCUAUCCAAGUGAGCACAAAUACACGUUUGAUGCACUGCAGAAAAUAUUUAUGGAGAUAUUACCAAAGAAGUUAGUUAGAUAGCUUGAUAGAUAGUUUGUUCUCUAUUGAUUUUCCAUUUGUAAGGGUAAGGGGGGUGAUACACACAUCCUGGGUAUUUUGUCAAGGAUAGCCAGGUUAUAGGAAUGUUAAACUAUAUUAUUUCACAUAGCCUAUCUGAGGUCAUAAUGUAGAGUUGUCAAAACCUUUUUGUAAUACCACAUUAAUGUGGAUAAAUGUUACAAAAAUGUUGACUUUUCUUUUGAUAUGGUUGAAAGUAAUGUGACAUUCAUACGUCCUGGAAAGUCAAAGGAUAGCCAAAUAUUAAGACUGUUAGGACUAUUUUUAUACUGCUUAAUGGUUAUUACAUUACAUGUCAAGUUUUAAAGUAUGAGUCUAUAAAACAGUUUUACAUUAUUGUGGUAAAAGUUACAGAAAGGUUGCAUACGUUUUUGUAUUGAAAAAAUCAUGAUUUCUUUUAUUUUAUACUUGUCUUUGUUUUUCUCAAGAGUUGAUGUGUUAACAGCAUACCAGCUGGCAGCAAAAUGUAAUUCUUUUCAAAACAACAAAGAAGGUGAUGCACAUUUUAACAGUGACAUCACAAUAAA